AUGAGAGUAGUACUUUCUUUAUUGAAACACCUAUAUCAUCAAAUAUAAAUCAUUUUCAUAAAUAGAUACCAUCAAUUGAUGAUCCGCUAAUUUGAUGAAGUAGCUGAUUUUAUUCAUAAUCAUUUGAAAAAUGGCAAUGUUUUAGUUCAUUGUUAUGCUGGCAUAUCAAGAUCUGCAUCUUUGUUGAUAGCUUAUUUGAUUAAAUAUCAUAACUACACUACAUUAACUACAAUUAAUUUUAUAAAAGCAAGACCAAUAAUAGAACCUAAUGAUGGUAAUCAUUUUUAAGAUAAUUAGGAUUUAUUGCUCAACUGA